AUGACUGUGAAUGAAAAGCCCUAUAGAAUAGAAAUAAUUCUAAUAGAAGAAAUGGUUUAUUUUAUAUUCUAAGGGCCUAUUAAUUAUACGACAUUAUACACAGAUUAUAAAACAUACAUAUUCAAUAAUUGUAAUUAUUAUAUUAUAAUUGUACAUAUAGAAACCAUCGCUUGGGUUUAAUUAUUAAAACUUGCUUAAUCAAAUGGAAGUGAAACAAGAAUUUAGUGAAGACACCUGUAACAUAGAAUUUUUUUCUAAUAAACUGGAUGAUGCUUUUAUAGAUAGCUUUAAAAAUGAUAUUAAAGAGGAGCCGAGUAGAGAAACUACAUAUUAUGAUACAUUUCAUUGUUUAGACUUAAAGGAAUUUCCCAUAAAGACUGAAUUAGAAGAUGAAAAUCAACUUGUACCAUUUGAAGAAAAACAAAACAAUAAAAAGGGAUAUCCCCAAGAGACGGGCCCUUUGGAAAUUGUGAAGAAUAUAGACAUACAUUCAUGCAAUAAAGAACAACCUACGAAUGAGCUAGCUAAAGAAAAAAUAUUACAAUGUGAAAUUUGCCUUAAGCAGUUUACUAGAACAAAUAAUUUAAAAACACAUUUGAGGGUUCACUCUGGAGAAAAACCGUUUAAUUGUGAAAUUUGUUCUAAGCAAUUUACCCAUAAAAAUUCGUUGAAGAUACAUACAAGAUGCCACACCGGAGAGAAACCUUACGAAUGUGAAAUUUGUUUGAGGCAGUUUAGUGAAGCAGGCAGUUUAACUAUACAUAUGAGAGUCCAUACUGGUGAAAAACCUUAUAAGUGUAAAAUUUGUUUUAAGCAAUUUAGUCAACCAGGAAGUUUGAGAAAGCAUUUGAAAGUGCACACUGGAGGAAAACCUUACCAGUGUGAAAUUUGUCUUAAGCAAUUUCGUCAUGCAGAAACUUUGAAAAAGCAUUUGAGAGUGCAUACUGGAGAAAAACCAUUCGAGUGUAAAAUUUGUUUUAAGCAGUUUACUAGAACAAGUUAUUUGAAAGCACAUUUGAGAGUGCACACUGGGGAAAAACCUCAUAAAUGCGACAUUUGUUUUAAGAAUUUUACCCGAUUAUAUCUUUUGAAAAGUCAUUUGAAAGUUCACACUGGAGAAGAGCUUCACAAGUGUGAAAUUUGUUUUAAGCAAUUUAGUGAACGAGGAAGUUUGAAGAGACAUUUGAGCGUGCAUACUGGAGAAAAGCCUUUCGAGUGUAAAAUUUGUUUGAAGCAGUUUAGCCGAGCAGAAACUUUAGAAAAACAUAUGAAAAUGCACACUGGAGAAAAGCCUUACAAGUGCGAGAUUUGUUUUAAACAGUUUGCUCGAAAAGAUUAUUUAAAUAGACAUAUGCACGCUCACACGGGAGAAAAACCAUACAAGUGCGAAAUUUGUUUUAAGCUGUUUAGCGAAAAAGGUAUUUUGAAAAGACAUAUGAAAGUCCACACUGUACAAGUGUGAAAUUUAAUUCAAGCAGUUUAUUCAAAACGUACAGAGAUUUGUUUUAAUCAAUUUAGUGAAACUGGAUGGUUGAACAAGCAUUUGGGAGUACAUUCUUGUGUUGGUGCCAAUUCGUUUCGAAUAUUGGCGAUCAUUUUGGCUAUAAUUAUUUUAUUAACUGAUGCUUUAAAUAAAUUAGUUGUUGUGGCGAACCAUUUCCUCAGGUUCUUUAACCAUGUAUUUUUCUGCUCCUUAUCUGCUCGGUUUCCGAGUACCUUGCCUUGAAGGAUUAUUUUUAGUAAUCUGUAUUUUAGUACCGUUUCUCAUUAGGUGUCCGAGAUAUUGUAACUUUCUCUUUUUAAUUGUAAACAUCAGUUUUCUUUCUUUCCCCAUUCUUCGUAGUACGGUCUCGUUGGUUAUCUUGUCCGUCCAUGAUAUCCUUAGGAUUCGACUGUAUAACCACAUCUCGAAGGCUUCAAGUUUUUUCUCCAUCGCUUCAAUGAGUUUCCAGGAUUCAACUCCGUAGUACAAUAUUAAGAAGAUAUAACAUCGUAGGAGUCUUUACUUUUAUCUCCAAAUUAAGGUUGUGGCUUUUAGAGUUUGGCCAUAUUGUUGAAUGCACUCUUCUCUAUUCUACAUUUUACUUCUUGUGAGUGAUCCCAUUGUUCGUUUACUAUUGUUCCAAGAUAGGUAUACUGUUUUACUCGGUCCACUGGCGUAUUCUUGAUAAGCAGUUGGACGUCUCUAAUGUUCCAGUAUACAUUUUGUAUUAUACGCCUGUCUUUAUAAUCCAUUUGGGCUUUUAUUAGAACCUCAAUCAUUUUUCGGUGUUGAACUGUAUCAAAUGCUUUUUGGUAGUCCACAAAGCAGGUGUAAAUAUCGCAAGUCAUAUCUCUGCAUCUUUGGAAUAAUAUAUGUAGACUAAACAGUGCAUCUAUCGUACCUACUCCUUUCAUGAAUCCAAACUGUGUGUCUUGUAUUCUCUCUUCGCAUAGCUUGUAUAUUCUGCGAUGUAUAAUUUUAAGAAAAGGUUUUAAUGCAUUAGACUUAUUAGCCUAUAUUAUUUUCCACUAUUUUGGAAUAUUGCCUGUGUCAUAGAUAUUAUUGAAGAUUUUACAUAGUAUUCUUAAAGAUUCAUCAUCAAGAAGUUUAAGAAAUUCAGACUGUACUCCGUCUGGUUCUGGAGCUCUCUGUUCUUUUAGUUAUAUUAAAUUCAAAUUCAAAAUAUCUUUUAUUAAAAAAAAUGUAAACAACACACCCAGCAAUAAAACAUGUGCAGUGCUCAUUCAGUAGUAUAUUUAGAACUGAUUCAAGUUUUACUAAAAAGUCAUGAACAUGUUUUGUGUUUGUUCUGUAUAUACAUAUGAUUGUCUUUUUUUUUUAUAAAAUGAGAGUUCUACGGCAGAACACUCAAAACAUUCUUCAUCGCCAAAUAUGGUUAUGUCACUUCUAUGUACAUACUCUAUACCAUUCCUUAAAUAAAUUGCUGUGCCUCCAUAUCCAUUUUGCCUGCAAAAUACUGAUGCCAGUGAAUAUCCCACCAAAUUAUAUGCGGACAAUUGAUCAAUGGUUUUCCAAUGUUCGCUCACACACAUAGCAAGAACAUUUUUUUCAUCCUUUACAAAUUCUUGAAGAACUUCAUGACUUGUUCCUAUCGAUUGAAGGUUUUGGUGCACUAUACACAAUUGGUCAGAAGCAUUUUUUUGAAGUUGAUUAUUUAACCUAUCUAUUGAGGUGCUAGAUUCUUCAGGUUUAAAAAUUCACUAACAUAAAGACCGACUGGCCAAAAAUCAGGAGUUAGGACUGUGGGCACGCUCUCUUGUAUUACACCAAUUUUAAAAGAGCUAAUGGAACUUUUUUUUGUGCGCAACUUUUAUAUGACACUGUUUUGAACCCCAUUUUCUUGCAUGUAUGAUUGCACAUCCUUUGCUGUUGAAUCGUCAGUGAGACCCGAUAAGAAAAUCCAACUAUAACUAGACACACUGGGGGCGAUUUUAAGAUUGGAAGUUCCAUUUCUUUUGCCUUGAAUGGGUGCUGGUCGUUUAUUUUUUAAGAAACCCCUUUUUAUUUGAGUUUCCCAACCAUCCUUAUUGUUGAUUUUUACUUGACGAUGAUGGAGCAUUUUGAUCCGUUGUAUUAUUAAUUUGAGUCUGUUUUACAAGAUUUUCAUGUGAAAAUUUAACAGUUAGUCUUGAAUCAUCAGGUUUUAUUGUUUCGUCGUUAUUAAUGUUUAACACAUCAUUCAUUAUUAGCUGAGUUUGUGUCUUCAUAAUUUCUAAACUAACAACUUGUUCAUUUAUUUUUGACUGACCUUAUACUCGUAUGACACUCUCAUUAAUUUUCGUCGAGUUUCCUUGAAGUUGUCCAUUUUUGUCUGCUGAAGCCUCUUGUUGUUUUGUUAAAAUCAAGGUAGAUUGCUGUGGUACAACAAGACUAUUUUUCUUAUUACCCUUGGGCUGUUUUUUGUCCAUCUGUUUAUCUUUUUGUAACUGAUACAUUUUUUCUUCUAGAGAUACUAUUUUCUCAUUCAAAAGUUUUAUUAAGACUUCCUCCUAUUAUAGUGUUUUUAUCUUGUAUUGUUGCUCUUAAUAAUUUAUUUUCUUCUUUUAAAUAGUAUUCUUCUAUUGAAGUUGAGGUUAGGUUGACAUCACCUUUUUCAGCAUGAAAAAUUUCAGUAAUAUUUUCACUGCAGCACGUUUUUGCUCUCUCUGCGCAACUGGAGUGAUAAACUGAAUUACAUUUAGCACAACACACCAGAUUUUACAUUUUUGCUACAACCUUUACAAAGUUUCUUUAGGAUAGCUAAACCGCGAACUUUAUCGGCGGCGGCCAUUUUGGAUUCGCUAUUAUGGCUGCUCUUUUUUCUGUCACUAGUAUAGGUGGUCCUGUUUCCAUAGUUAUUGGGGACUGGUUUUCCCUCUCAUCAAUGUAAUUUUUCCAGGUAUUAUCAAUACUCUCUUUGUUUACGAUUAUCUCUUCAUUGUCAUUAACAAGUUUACUUACUCUUCUGUUUUUACAUUUGCCUGUAAUAUCUCUUACCUUCUUAUGUACGUUGAAGUCGUCGUAUUUACUUUGUAGAAUUUAGAUUUCUUAGCAUUUUUUCUCGUGUUCUUUUUAUUUGGCUUCUCUGAUCUUUCUCUGUAUCUCUCGUUGUAAUGUUUUAUACAUGGAGUUAUCGUUCUUGUUUUUCCUUCUUUCUUCCAUUACCUGCAGAAUCUCUGUCGUCAUCCAUGACUUAUUCUUACCUUCUUCGUUCUUCAUAAAAUUGUAUUUAAUGUCGUGUAUCGUUUCAUUAAGGGAUUCUAUCUGUUCUUCUGUACUUUGCGUUGUAUUAUCGAUUUCUUUGAAUUUUCUAUUUAAUGAUUUGUUGACUAUUUCUUUUACUUCGCUUCAUUUCAGUUUUUGAUAGUGUAUACUGGAGAAAAACCAUAUGAGUGUGAAAUUUGUCUUAAGCAUUUUACUAGAACAAGUUAUUUGAAAGCAAAUUUGAGAGUGCACACUGGGGAAAAACUUCAUAAGUGUGUUUGUUUUAAGAAGUUUACCCGAUUAUAUCUUUUGAAAAGUCAUUUGAAAGUGCACACUGGAGAAGAGCUUUACAAGUGAAAUUUGUUUUAAGCGAUUUAGUGAAAGAUGAAGUUUGAAGAGACAUUUGAGCGUGCAUACUGGAGAAAAGCCUUUCGAAUGUAAAAUUUGUUUUAAGCAGUUUAGCCGAGCAGAAACUUUAGAAAAACAUAUGAAAAUGCACACUGGAGAAACGCCAGUGCGACAAACAAGUGCGAGAUUUGUUUUAAACAGUUUUCUCGAAAAGAUUAUUUAAAUAGACAUAUGCACCUCACACUUGAGAAAAACCAAACAAGUGCCAAAUUUGUCUUAAGCUGUUUAGCGAAAAAGGUACUUUGAAAAGACAUAUGAAAGUGCACACUGUACAAGUGAAUAAACUUGGGCUGGAGCUGGACUUUAUAUAGGUGUGGUUCUCUUUUUUGUGGUUCCAGUAGUUGAAAUAUUUUUAUACUGAUUUAAAUGUAUUAAUUGAACAUGUAUUAGGGAAAAUGCAAUUUACAAAACCAGUAUAAAAAACAAAAUUAAUCUACAUUAAACAUUAAAUAGCUAUGGCAACAAUUUAAAUUCUUCUUCCAUAUCUUCUUCUUUCAAAUUAAAGUGGGCUAAAGGAAAACUGUGCAAAAAGUGUGAAAUUUGUUUUAAGCAGUUUACUCAAAAGAAACAUCCAAAAACAAACUCGACACAUUCGAAAGGAAAGAACCGAGGAAACUACUAAGACCUGUGAGGCAAAACGGAAUCUUAAGAAGUCGAUACAACAACGAGCUUUAUCAACUUUAUAUGGAAACACCCAUGUCAGACUUCAUUAGAAUACAAAGAUUGCAAUGGGCUGGACAUCUGAUAAGAAUGGGAGAGGAUGGGCUACCAAAAAGAGCACUAAACGCUAGAAUACAGGUAAAGAGACAGGUUGGAAAGUAAAGAAAGCACUGGGAAGACACAGUAAACAGCGACGCACAAUCCCUUUUAGGAGUCCGUGUAUGGAGAAGAGCAGCCACGGACAAACAAGGGCGAAGGCAAAAAUAAAGGAGGCCAAGGUUAAUUUUGGGCUGAAGUGCCGUAGAAGAAGUUUACUCAAAAAGGUCAUUAGCUAUGUCCACACUAGUGCGCUUUCACUUUCAACAUGCGUUUUAACGUGCCUUUCAAGAUUCAAUUCAACUUUCGUUAAAGCAUGUCUAUGAUGUGCGCUAAGCGCAUCCCGUUUCCCUGUACACAUACAGUGACUUUCAGUCUAUUCACGGUAGAUGAAAGCGACGCUAUUUUGCUAGUAGGACUAAGUAUUGCAUAUUUGGUGUCAAAGAAAGUUAAAAAGCGUAAAAGAUUGAACCGAACAACUUAAAUGAAGAGUUAUUUUAAAACUCGUAAUUUUUUUUGUUCUAAAGGAUUUAGAAGGCAAUGACAAUGUAUUGUUUUACAAUGAUGUCAAAAAGCAACUUUGACAACCUGAUUAGUUAUAAUUCUGUAUAUGGUUAGGCAAUUAAUACAGAAAUGUGACAGCAGCUGUACAAACUGUAUUUCAGCUCUUGAUGGCAAGCACAUCUUAAUACAACGACCAAAAAAAUACAGAAGCUGAGUUUUACAACCAUAAAGGUACCCAUAACAUUGUACUCAUACCAGUUGUGGACGGUAACUACAAUUUUAUUUACGUCAGAAUCGGCUGCCAAGGUCGAAUAUAUGACGGAGGCAUUUUUAAAACACCGACUUCAGCAGAAAACUCGAAAAUGAAGAUUUAAAUAUACCAAGUGAUGAAUGAACCUUUGUCUGGUCGGGAAAAAUCAAUUCCUUAUGAUUUUUUGGCGGAUGAUGCUUUUCCUUUCACACGUCACAUUAUAAAACCUUUCACAAUAAAUGUGAAUAAAGGUUCUCCAAGGAGAGUGCACAAUUAUAUACUGUCGAGAGUAAGGCGUCUGGUUGAAAAUGCAUUUGUUUGAUUAUCAUCGGUAUUCAUAGUUUUUCGUAAGCCAAUUGAAGAUACUGUGUCAAAUAUAGUAUUUGCAUGUGUGUGCCUCCAUAAUUUCCUCCGAUCACAGAAUAAGUCUUACCGAUUAAAUUCACCUACUGGAUCAUUUGAUAUAGAGGAUGCUUCCACAGGCCAGAUAAUUCCUGUCACUUGGAGACAGAUAAUUGCUAGUGAUACUGGUGUGAGUCAACUUCGCAGAAUUCUCCGAAAUGUUUCGAAUCAUGCAAAAGCUAUUCGAUAAGAAUUUAUGGAAUACUUUAUGACAUCACAAGGUAACAUUCCACGCCAAAAUAAUGUGUAGGUAAUUAAGUUUGUUACUUUGUUAAUUUUAUAAGUUUGUAUUUUGUAAGCGUGAAUACCUUCGUUGAAUAAAUGUGUAAAAUGACAUUUUACACAAAAUAUUUGGAAAAGGCUCUACGAAUAGAAUAUGGUGACAUUAUGUCUAAUUCUUAACCUAAAACAUUAUUUAAACAAUUUGCAGAUUCUGGUUUUUUAAUUUAAGUAUUCUUCAAAUAAAUUUUAAUAUUUUUUAUAUUAAAAGUUUUUAGUUGUUUUUGACAGUCUUCUAUAGAUAAGCUUUUUUAUAUGUAUUCUAGUAUUAUUAUCUUAUUACUCUUCAUUUUACCUGUUACAGUAGGUAGUAUUAUAAAUACACUACUUUUUUUCUCUCAUUCUGGCCUUGGUUUAGAACUAGAACCUUUAGCCACGUAAUUAUAUAACUUAUCACUAACUCAGGUGUAAUGUCUGUGUUGAGUAAGUGUCUUGUUACUUUGCAAAGUCGACGUCAUUAUCUUUGCAAAGAGACGCUAAUUGUAUCCGAACGUCUGCGAUUGUAAUUGUACACUGUACUUUGUAUGUUUACUAUGUAAACAACUUUACUAUUAAAAUUUGUUAUUAAAAACUGUUUUUAGUUAAUGCCUUCAAUUUAGAUGAGCUUAUUUAUA